AUGGCUAAAGUUGGCACCCAUCGCUCCUGCCCUGCUCUCCACAGGCUGCCUGUGAAGGCUACGUAUGACGGCCCUGAUAGACUUGAAAAUGGAUUUAUCAGGACCUCCUCCCUGUGUGAAGAGGACACGUCUUCCGAAUUGCAGAGAGUUAUUUCCAUGGAGACAGGCGGCUUGUCUGAAUCUCGAACGAGCUCAUUCACAGGCAGUGGAGCAAUGGCUAGGUUAUCAUGGUUCAUCUUAUCGCUGAGAUCUUGGGCUAGGAGACACUUGCAUCAUGAAGACCAAAGACCUGAUUCUUUUCUUGAGCGUAUCCGAGGGCCAGAGCUCAAAGAUUUUUCAAGUAGAGACAGUAACGGCCAGUUAAACUAUGAAGAGGCAGGUGAACUGAAAAAUCAAUGGGCUCUGGCCAGAUUUAAUAUCAACUACUCCAACAACACCAAUGAAGAAAAAAAGGAAGAAAAGAAAGAGGUUAAGGAGGAGAAAAAGGAGGAGGAAAAGAAAGAGGAGAAAAAGGAGGAGAAAAAGGAGGAAAAGAAAGAGGAGAAAAAAGAUGACAAGAAAGAUGAUAAAAAGAAGGAAGAAGAGUAAAAAGAGUACUUCGUGAUGGAUCCUUCAAGCAAUUUAUACUACAGGUGGCUGACCAUUAUUGCAACACCAGUAUUCUAUAACUGGUGUUUGAUAGUAUGUAGGGCCUGUUUUGAUGAGCUUCAAAUGGAACAUCUAACACUCUGGCUGAUCUUGGACUAUUCCUCUGAUAUUGUGUAUGUCAUGGACACAUUCGUCAGAUUCAGGACAGGUUUCCUUGAACAAGGACUGCUAGUUCGAGAUGAAAAGAAAUUAAGACAAAAUUAUCAAUCAACGACACAGUUCAAGCUGGAUUUAUUGUCUCUAGUUCCAACAGACUUGGGUUAUAUACAAUUUGGAUUGAACUAUCCUGAGCUGCGGUUUAACCGGUUGCUGAGGCUGGCCAGGCUGUUUGAGUUCUUUGACCGCACAGAAACAAGAACGAACUAUCCAAAUAUGUUUCGUAUUGGAAACCUUGUUUUAUACAUUCUCAUCAUUAUCCACUGGAAUGCAUGUAUAUAUUUUGCCAUUUCAAAGCAAAUUGGAUUUGGAACAGACACCUGGGUAUAUCCCAAUGUGUCCCAUCCAGAACAUGGACGUCUGUCCAGAAAGUAUAUUUAUAGUUUGUACUGGUCAACACUGACACUAACAACCAUUGGAGAAACACCACCUCCAGUGAAAGAUGGAGAGUAUCUUUUUGUAGUCAUUGACUUUCUAGUGGGUGUGCUUAUUUUUGCUACCAUUGUUGGUAAUGUAGGCUCUAUGAUUUCUAACAUGAAUGCCUCCAGGGCAGAGUUCCAGGCCAAGGUUGAUUCUAUCAAACAGUACUUGCAUUUCCGAAAAGUUACUAAAGACUUGGAAGCCAGGGUAAUUAAAUGGUUUGAUUACCUAUGGACAAACAAGAAAACAGUAGAAGAAAAAGAAGUCCUUAAGUAUCUUCCUGACAAACUGAAGGCUGAAAUUGCCAUAAAUGUCCAUUUGGACACACUACGGAAAGUGCGCAUCUUCCAAGAUUGUGAAGCUGGUCUCCUUAUUGAGCUGGUGUUAAAGCUGAGGCCCACAGUCUUCAGUCCUGGAGAUUAUAUCUGCAAGAAAGGUGACAUUGGAAGAGAAAUGUAUAUUAUCAAAGAAGGCAAGUUGGCUGUAGUGGCCGAUGAUGGUGUGACACAAUUUGUGGUCCUUAGCGAUGGCAGCUACUUUGGAGAAAUCAGCAUCUUAAACAUCAAAGGCAGCAAAUCUGGUAACAGGAGGACUGCCAACAUCAGAAGUAUUGGGUAUUCUGAUCUGUUUUGUUUGUCAAAAGAUGACCUGAUGGAAGCGCUCACAGAGUACCCUGAGGCCAAAAAGGCACUGGAGGAGAAAGGACGGCAAAUUUUGAUGAAAGACAAUCUCAUUGAUGAGGAAGCAGCCAAAGCAGGUGCAGAUCCCAAAGACUUGGAGGAGAAAUUGGAGAAACUUGAAUCUGCGCUAGACAUUCUUCAGACCAGGUUUGCCCGACUACUAGCAGAAUACACUGCAGCUCAAGCCAAAGUCAAGCAGAGACUAGUGAAAGUGGAGACCAAAGUGAAGAAAUAUGGAAGUGGUACUCUGUCAGAUGCAGGGGAUGAGGCUGAAAAACCAGGGGAAGAGAAAAAGAAUUAG